GCCUCAUUAAGCUCACAGCACAGAGCUUCAGUCUCCAACUUCCACGGGCUGCUCAGGACGAGCUGCUGCUUCAUCAAGUCGAACAUGGUGUCUGGACUGUCUUCAUGGGUUUCUUGGAUCUGUCUGCUGCUAUUUAGCAGUGGCGCUAGUUUUCCUGUAACAAAAAGAGACUAUCCCUACACUGCUACCUGGGGCUUCAGUGGUAGAUCUGCUCCUGGAUCUGACGUUCAGUCUGAAAGCUUGCGUCCUCCUCUGGUCAAUCUGCAGUAUGGACCAUCUGCUAACUAUCAACAGGGGGCAGACCCCCAACAGGCCAGCUCUCCCACUGGAAACCAGUCCCCAUCCAGUCUGGGAGCUCCCAGUGUGGCCGCAGGCUCGACACCAAGUUAUGAGCCAAACCAGUUUAUUGUGAGUCCUGAUUCCAGCUCUAACAAACCUGCCAGUGCUCCUGAGACUUCUGCCUGGGUUUCAGGGUAUGGCAGCCGUACUGCUCCGCCUCCUCCAGCUAGCGGCACUGGGAAGACUCCCAGCUUCUCUGUGCGGCCUCGGUCUCUUACUGGCACGAGUGGAAACUCCAACGUGGCCUCAAGUAGUGCAGCAUCCGGCCCCGUCCGUGGGGCUCCUCCGUUUCCUCUUCCUGGCCUCCUGUACGCUGCUGCUGGGAACAAGGCUCCAACCUUGGACUUUGGUGAUGGACCUGUUCCUUACAUCGGUGAUCCUGACGCCUUAAACUAUGGUGCUGGAUCUUAUCCUUAUGGAGACGGUUUCCUUGCUACAAAAGGCAGUCCAGCAGAUGGUUACGCAGCUGCUGGUGGGCUUGAAGAUGGACCUACUCCUGAUGCUGCCUCUGCUACAAGCUUCAGGUUUAAUGCUGGAGCCUCUCCUCCUACAACCUCCAACACUGGUUUUGCUUCUCCUCCUGGUGUUCCCUGGUCCUCUCAGCCUGCAGAGGGAGGUGACUCCUCGUCCUAUGAACUGGCAGAUGGAUCUUAUCCUUAUGCUGCUCCUGAAGCCUCAAAAACUGGUUCUGCUUCUCCUCCUGGUUUUCCCUGGUACACUCAGCUUGCAGAUGGAGGUGACUCCUCAUCUUAUGAACUGGCAGAUGGAUCUUAUCCUUAUGCUGCUCCUGAAGCCUCAAAAACUGGUUCUGCUUCUCCUCCUGGUUUUCCCUGGUACACUCAGCCUGCAGAUGGAGGUGACUCCUCAUCUUAUGAACUGGCAGAUGGAUAUUAUCCUUAUGCUGCUCCUGAAGCCUCAAAAACUGGUUCUGCUUCUCCUCCUGGUUUUCCCUGGUACACUCAGCCUGCAGAUGGAGGUGACACCUCAUCUUAUGAACUGGCAGAUGGAUAUUAUCCUUAUGCUGCUCCUGAAGCCUCAAACACUGGUACUGGCUCUGCUUCUCCUCCUGGUUUUCCAUGGUACACUCAGCCUGCAGAUGGAGGUGACACCUCAUCUUAUGAACUGGCAGAUGGAUAUUAUCCUUAUGCUGCUCCUGAAGCCUCAAACACUGGUACUGGCUCUGCUUCUCCUCCUGGUUUUCCAUGGUACUCUCAGCCUGCAGAGGGCACUGACUCGUCGUCUUACGACCAGACCAACUGGAUGCCGUCUCGUUCUUUACCAGACUUCAGCGACUUGUACUUCAACGCUGAGAUGCCGGAGCAGAGCGUGAGUGAGACUUCUCCUCUGCCUCCAUCGUCAUACAUCAUCCAGUCCAGAAAUGGCUACCAGCGAGCACAAGAGGUCCUUUCCAGCACUGGGUACUCUCCAGAGUACCCUGAACCAUCAUUCUUUGCCUCCAAGGCCGUCAAAGCACCAAGCGAGACUCCAGCAGAGUCCGGCUCCAAAGGAGGAAAGAGGGUCUAAUGAGGUGAACUUGGUUACUGAGAGCUUCAGCCUUCCUGGAACUGUUUUGAAAAGUAUUGAUAAAAUAAUCUCACAAUGAGAGCGAUGUGCUUUUUUUUUUGUUCUUGUGAAUAAUGCCUGAAUUUAAAAUAAAAGCUAUCAAAGUCUUUAGGAUUGGACUGAGCCAGACAACACAUGCAGUUGUGAUGAUUCUUAACAUUAUACAGAAUAU